GUGAGAGGCAAAGAGCUUCGCACACUGUAUUGAAAAAAGUGUCAAUAAAGUUUUCAAGCACCUGCAGGAAGUGUGCGUUGCCACGCAUGCGCAAAUGAUCUUACUGCAAAUGUGAGGCCGGCGUUGCGCUGUCGUUCAAUUCUUUGUUUUACACGUCGCUUUGAGUCCUCAACGGUCUGCGGUUUCUGCGGCGCCAUUGAAACCGGACCUCUCGGUCGGCAACCAUGGAUUUCCAACACCGGGCCGGGGGAAAGACGGGGAGCGGCGGGGUCGCCUCAGCCUCGGAGAGCAACCGGGACCGGAGGGAGCGGCUGCGGCAGCUCGCUUUGGAAACCAUCGAUAUCAACAAGGACCCGUAUUUUAUGAAGAAUCAUUUGGGGUCGUAUGAGUGUAAACUGUGCCUCACCCUCCACAAUAAUGAGGGAAGCUAUUUGGCUCACACGCAAGGAAAGAAGCAUCAGACUAAUUUAGCUCGGAGAGCUGCCAAAGAGGCGAAGGAGGCCCCCGCCCAGCCAGCCCCAGAGAAGGUGAAGGUUGAGGUGAAGAAGUUUGUGAAGAUCGGCCGGCCCGGAUACAAAGUGACCAAACAGAGAGAUCCUGAGACGGGUCAACAGAGCCUUCUGUUCCAGAUCGAUUACCCGGAGAUCGCGGAAGGCAUCGGACCGCGGCACCGCUUCAUGUCCGCGUACGAGCAGCGCAUCGAGCCGCCCGACCGCCGCUGGCAGUACCUGCUGCUGGCCGCUGAGCCGUACGAAACCAUCGCCUUCAAGGUUCCCAGCAGAGAGAUCGAUAAAGGCGAGAGCCGCUUCUGGACCCACUGGAAUAAGGAGACCAAGCAGUUCUUCCUGCAGUUCCACUUUAAGAUGGAGAAAGCCCUCCCUGUCCCCAGCGGCCCCGUGCCCCCCAUGGGGGUGAAGCGGCCCCCUCCCCUGAUGAGCGGGAUCGGCCCCAGACCACCCAACGAGCCCAUGCCCCCCCCACCACCCGGCGGGAUGCACAUGCCCCCCUUACCCCCCGGCGCUCCUGGCCCUCCCCAGAUGCCCCCGCAGAUGCCCCCCGCCCCAGGCAUGCCCCCUCCUGGAUCCAUGCCCCUAUGAUGAGGCCCCCUUGCCCACGGAAGGGCCCGGAGGAAUGCCCCACCCCCGCCAAACAACUGAUCUCCCCCCCCCCCCACACGCAAUUUUCCUUCCCGUCUUGGCCUUGGCCUCCUAGUUGUGGUGGCCGUCAUGUUUAAAAAUUCAACUGUAGAAGCCAUUUUAAAUAUUCCCAAAUUUUCAAUUUUCCAUGUAAAGAAAAAGCUGGAGCCCUCUAACUUUGAAAAGAUUUGUACUUUGUACUAUUUGUGAAGUUUUUUUUUUUUUUUGUGGAAAUGAAUGGGUUAUAGGUUGUAGAGGUGAGGAGUGGUGCCCCCUGGUGGUCCUAUUACAGUAGUACACUUUAGCUUCUGCAGUCAGCCUACCUGUACAGCCAACUGGUCACCUCAGGAUUGUUUUUUAUAAAUAAAUACGAGAGGAAAAUGA